CUUUGAAUGCAAUUCUGAAUUAAAGCAAGGAGAAAAAAGGUUGUCAGACAAACUAUGAUGGAUGAGUUAGUGCAAAAGUCCUACGAAUGGUGCAAGGCUACUGGGGUUCCCAAUGCAAAAACGCCAGAAGAGAGAAUUUUGAAAGCACAUAUGAACAGGCUAUGGAAAUGUGUGACGAAGCUCAACAGAUUGAAAGUGUUGUCAACCGGGCUCAACGUUUUCUCCGAGAGCAUGACUGAACGGUUGGAACAAUGCACCCAAAAGAUACACGACUUGGAGAAUACAAAACUCUUCCAAGAGAUGCGCAGGACUGACAUGGAAAUGGAAGCUAUGUUUAAGCACGACUCUGAUUUCUCACCAGUUAUGACGACCGAAUAUGGCGAAUUUGGAUCAGUUGACGUGUGGCUAUCGAGCUGUUCAAAAAAUAAAAACGUGCUUUUGUAUUCGAGCGUGACUGGGCAGCCAAUUCACAAGAAUGAUUUCGUUCUAGUGGAGAAGUUUUCCAAGAAGCAGUCUAAUGGCAAAUCUUUUUGGAAGUACGCUAAGAAAAACACAGCACAUCUCAACACCAAAAAUCAGAACGUCUACGAGUUGCAACCAGCUAUCAACAUCGACCGCCUUGACCUGGAUGGUUCUCUUGUCCCCAAAAUGCCAGCAAAGGAGGAGUCUGCUUUUGUUUUAUCCUCGCGACUUGCAUUCCCUAAGCCAUGCCACCCAUCCACCUACAAGAUUGGUCAGUCAGUGCUUGUUCGAAUACGGAGCGACGAGGAUGAUGAGAGGUUUCUGAAGUUGUCAAUCGCUGUUCGAAACGAGCUUCGUGAAGUGUUCAAAAAGGCAAUCGUUGCUGAUUUGCCAUCUGAGGACAACGAAAAUAGAUUCCUGGUGUUCUUCGAAGGAGGCUCAUUCGGCCAUGUUAUCCCCGACCAGGUCAUCCCAACUGUGGAAGAUAUCUCUCAAACUGUUCUGUCUACUCUGAGUGAGAAUGUGAAGAGAGAUGUACAGGCGUAUCUCUACUUGGUCAAGAAACAUGGGAGACCAGAAGUGGUGGAUAAAGAGCGAGGAACACCAGUCGUACUGCAAACCGAGAAAAACAAAAGGUGAG